AUGGCAUCUGUCGACUCUACUAUUGCACCAUCUGUUGUCUCCGCUGAAACUUCAAAAAAAGCAUGGGAUUAUUUGCAUACCACAUAUGCGAAUAGAUCUCAAACCCGGAUCUAUAGACUUCGAGAUGCACUGGCCAAAGUUCAGCGAGAUCAAAUGUUUGUCACUGAUUAUCUCAGAGAAAUAAGAAUAAUCACUGAUGAGUUAGCUGUUGUCGGUGCCCGCAUUUCUAAUGAAGAAUUGAUUGUGAAAAUACUGAGCGGCCUCGGACCCGAAUAUAAAGCACUGAGUAUUGUUAUUCGAUCAAGGGACUUGCCUAUAUCAUAUGAAAAAUUCUCACACAAGCUCACAGAUCAUGAACUUUAUCUCAAGCAAGCUGAAAAGAAGAAAUCAGUAACUCACAUGACUGUACAAGUUGCACAGCGAACAGUCAAUAAUAAUAACAAUAGCAACAGGCAAACUCGUCGUUGGUCUGGCCAGCCUCAAUGGCGUCCGAAAACUACUCCUGUUGGACAACAACAAUGGCAUUCCCAGAACACUCAAAGAAAUGGAAACUUUUCCCAACAAUGGCAUACCUCCACUCCGUUGUAG